GUAAACUUGUUCUUUACUUUACAACCAAAAUGUAAUUGUAGGCAAAAAUUGAAAUGCUUAUGACAAUGUAUAAUCACUAUGUAACACAUAUAAAUGCAUACAGAUAUAUGUAUACAAUGAUCGCGCGACAGAAAUUUAUAUUACAUGAUACAUCUAUUCUAUGACGGCGUUCGUGACGUGUGGUAUCUCAAUUCGCAUGUAAACAGAGAUUUGCAAUUAGUAAACACUUAUGACAUCAUAAAUGCGUUACAGUCUUAAUUGCAGUAAUAGAAAAGAUAUAUGCCAUAUGUGUCUUUUGUUACUUGAUAAUCAUUUCUACACGCUUCACGAUACAAGCCAUAUUUGGUUUGUCGAACAUUUCGUAGGAGCAUUUAAAAAUAAAUAAACGCGUCCAACGAUACCACUUCUUUUCUGAGUUCUGUAGCAUUAGUAUCUAUGCAUGAUGCGAAGUACAUGGAGAGACAGAGAUCGGGACUUCCAAAAACACCUACCUGAUGGAAUAACUACUCAACAGCAUUUAGCACAAGCUUUACAUGCGACGCGAACUGAUAAUAAGCCAAUACCUGGAUUUAAUCCAAAUGUGGAUCAUGUCCAGUAUUAUCGUGCCCAACAGGGUAUCGAUUGCGAUGAAGUGUAUCCAGGUAUAUAUAUCGGUGAUGCUGCCACAGCAAAGAAUAUAGAAUAUCUUAAAAUGUUGGGUAUAACACAUUUAUUGAAUGCUGCACAAGGAAAAAAAUUUGGGUUUGUGAAUACAGAUGAGAGUUACUACAUUAAUACAACGAUAAAGUACCUUGGAUUGCCUCUUGCUGAUUUAUUAACUACAGAUAUUAGCAAGUAUUUUUAUACUGCUGCAGCCUUUAUUGAUGAAGCUGUUUCCACAGGAGGGAAAGCAUUUGUUCAUUGCAUGUUGGGCAUUUCCCGUAGUGCAACGUGCGUAUUAGCAUACUUAAUGAUAAAAAAAGGAAUGCUAGCUGUUGAUGCAAUUCGAACAGUUCGUAAAAAUCGUAAUGUUCAACCAAACAGUGGUUUUCUUUAUCAAUUAGCGCAACUAGACAAUCAAUUACGAAGACAACGUUUGUAAUUAAAUACACUGUCAUUUAAACUGAUAGAACAUUGUAUCAAUGUACAAUUUUACAGCUAUGUAUAUAAAUAGUCACGUAUAAAAAUAGAAUAGAUCAAAGUGAAAUAUACAUCGACGAGUAGAUUCAAUUCCAUAUCUUAAUGUUACAAACUACGUGACAAAUACAUUCGU